UUAAAUUUUCUCUCCUAAUUAUUAUAUUUUCAAUUGUCUUAACGUUAUUGAGCUAUGUAGGGCUUUAUAUGAGUCGUGGGAUGAAUUUGAUCAUUCUACCAAUGCUUUGGGAUUCAUGUGCCCGGAGAUGAUCUCGGAAACCAUGUUGUAUAGUGAUAUAAAUCGUGUUCUAUUAUACAUGUCGCAAUCCAUGGCAACACUCAGUUCUAAGUCAUUCAUCUUAUGUCCAUACUUCGAAAAGAGGCAUUGGAUUCUUUUAGUUAUUUUCUUGGCUAAAUCUCAGGUCUACAUAUUUGAUUCUAUGCAGAAGAAGAGAAAUUUGAUGAUUAAGAACCAAUUGAACCUGGCUUUUCGGACUUACAAGGCACAAAAUGGAAAAUCUAAAGGAACUAAAUUGAAUUGGAUUGCGGCACAGUGUCCUCAACAACCGGGAUCACUAGAGUGUGGCUACUACGUCAUGCGUUUUAUGUACGAUAUAUUUACAAAGCAUCGUGAUAGUCAAGAUCUUACUACGGAUUAUUCAAGAACAGAGCCUUUUUCAUUCGAGGAGAUUAAUGAGGUUAAAGAAUUUUGGGCUGAUUACUUUUUGACCAAUUCCGAUGUAAAUCUAGCUAGCUAGUUUGUUGUAAUAUUGGUUUGUUAGGUUCGUUAUCAACAUGUUGGUUGAACGAUAUGAUAUGAUGGAUUGCCUUUUAAUGGGGUUGUAAAACUAUAUUUGACAGGUGCAUGUAUUAUAAUUCCCGAUUAUUGGGAAGUGUUAUAUUACAAAGGAGAU